UAUAAGUAUAUGGAUUACUUCGUUUAUUUUUUCUGCGAAAUUAUUUGUACAUAUACAUGUAUACAUACAUACAUUUGAAUUUACUUCGUAAUCGUUUCAUUCGAUAUUUAUAUUUAUAUAUAUGGUAUCUACUCUCAUACGAUAUUCUUGAUUCCAAAACUUCCAAACAUAAUUUUUUGUACCUUCUAUAUUUUUGUAGCUAAAUCUGAAUGAUAUAUGGCAGAGAGUAUUACUGAUCAGAUGUACUGGUAUAUUUUAGUGUGUAUAAUGUAGUUUUUGUUCAAAAUUACAAAAUUGUAAAUAUAUAAUAUUCUGAUUAUUUCGAUAAUGUUUAUAUCAGAUUUUAUUCUAUUCAAAAUUGUUUUAAUCAGAAUCAGAUGUAUCAAUGACUGCUUCAUUUUUAUAGACAUUUUGAACUUCUUUUCCUCUUUAAUCCAUAUCAUGUAUUUUUAAUCGAAUAAGCAUUUAUUUCUUAAUCGAAACUGUCAAAUUACUCGACCAUUAUCUCUCCCUACAUUCCUAUUUUUUAAUUAAUUUAUUUAUUAAGUAUACAAGACUAGAAAUAUUUAACCAGGUACCAACUUUUUAAAUCUUUGAUGAUUUUAGUGUUGCGUUUGCCAAAUAAAUUCAGUUUAAAUCCACUUCUAGACCUAUGUAAAUUAUUGUAUUUAUAUAGUGCGUAUUAUAAAGUUACUGUUUAUUGUGAUUUUCGUGUAGCAUUUUAUUGUGAUUGUUUAUAAUUAAGCAAACUUUUAGCAAUUUAUGUUCAUAUAUGAUAAAUAGUAUACUAUAUCAUACGCAAUGUUAAUUACCAUGCAUUAGAAGAAAUAGGAGCAUAUUAUGUAACUUGAUUAUAUCACAUGUAGUUUCUGUACUCAAUCUGAAUCGAACAUUUCCGACUUUCAUAUUUUAUCAUCUAUGAUUUAUUUUAAGAUUACAAAAUGCUUCUUUUAAAUUUAAAUUACGUAUUUUAAAACAUAAUAUUAAAUUUUAAUAAUAUUACGUAUUAAAAGUAUAAUAAAAUCAGGGUAUACUUACCUUGAUAACAUCAUUAGUGUCAAAUAUUUUUAUGUAAUGUUUAAUAGGAAAAAAAUGAUAUAAAGGAUAUUAUGAUAUUAGUGAGAGAUUAAAUUAGAAGCAAAUAUUCGGCGCUAAGUAAUUUUAUUUUACUUUCAUUGCAUAAAUUUUGAAGAAUAUUUAGUGUUUACACAAUGAGAGAUGAUACUUGAGCAAAUUCAACAUGAAGAAAAUAAUAUAAAAAGGAAAAAAGAUGUUAAAAUAAAUUUUCAAAUGAAUGAUGUAUAAAAUAUAUGAUAAGUUACAUAAGGCAUUUUAUUGUUGUUAUUGGUAGGACAGGAAUAUAUUUAUAAUAAUUUUCUGUCAUAAGGAAAUGUGUUCAAAAGUAUAUGUCGCAUGCGUAUUUGACCAACUAUUAUUGAGAAGGAUUAAACAUUUAUAGUAACAUACAUAAUUUGCUAUAUAGGUUAGUGGAUUAUGAAUAAAUUUUAAGAGUACAUACUGUCUUCGAAAUAUACCAAAAUAUACAUAUGUAGAUAUUCAACUUCCAUUAAAUAGAAACCCAAUCGAAAUAUUUAUAAUGCUUAAUGCACUAUCACGAUUUCAAGCCAAUAUGAUAUGUAUACACGGAAGAAAAUAGACUUAUUUUAAACAUAUGUCUAUUUAAUAAAAAAUAUCCUGUUAUAAAUAUGUUUAAUUUUGGGAGUAGAAAUUUAUAAAUAAAAGGUUCGGAUAUACACCGCUAUGUAUGUAUUACAUUAAUAAUUACAUGAAUAAAUUAAUAGGCUUGAUUAUUCGUUACAUACAUGUAUAGUAAAAUUGUCAAUAAAUGUUAAAAUUACAUUAAAAGUAUUAUAUUUGAGUAAUUUUAACUAAAGUGGUAAAAUUUACUAUAAUUAAACCUUUUAAAUUUCAUUCUUAUAACUCUUUUUUUUCGACAGUAUAACUUAUGUAUUAUAUUUUACAUGAUUCUUUUUUUAAAAAUCGCGUUUUUUAUUUUACCGGUUUGUAAGUAAAUUGUCAACCAAUCAUAAAGAAGGAUUUAAUAUGACCAAUAAAAAUAUUCAAAAAAUUUCGUAAGUUAUUCAUUCUUUAUACAUUUUGUUCAAACGUGCGGAAAUUCAUAUUAUUUUAUAAACGUACGAUUAAAUAAAUUUUUUAUUAUUCAAGAGAUUUAAUUGAUACAGUGUUUUUUUAUGAAAUAGAUAAAUGAUGGUGUAAGGUAAAAUUCACACUCAAUUUAGUUUAGUUAGUUUAGUUAUGGUACGUGGAAUAAAUAAUAUGAUAACGAUAUCGUGUAAAAUUUUAGUGCAUUUGUUUAUUAUCUCAAUAUUUGUCUAAAAAAACAUCGAUAUAUAUAGCAAUAAUCUAAAUAAUAUAGAACAUUAUACAACUUUCAUAUUUUUAUACUUUAUCGCUGAAAAAGAGGACAAUAAUAUUGUUAUUUAUAAAAUAUUAUCAUAUUAAUUUAAUAUCAAUUAAAAAUUACAAUUCAUACAUAUAGAAACGAAUGCUGAAUAUGAGUGUAGUACGAAUCGAUGUGCUUUGUCUCGAAAAUAUUCCAAUAAAAUCAAAUCGUAAAGGAUGUCCAACAAGUUUCUGUACAAACAUUUCCGGUGUCCUGGAUUCUAAAUUUUCAGUGAAAUUAAGAGGAAAAGAAGAAGGAUGCAUUUGAGUUGUAUCCUCGAUCUGUUAAACUCGUGAAAGAAGUUCGUUGAAUACCUCACGGGACACCAGCAUCUAUAAACACAUUUAUGACUUGAGGAUGGUAAUACAAAAAAAGCAACAAUGAGUAUGUCAAGUGAUAUUAGUGGUGAGAACUUAGAAGUACAGGAUGGGAAAGAUGAAGAUUUUAAGAUUGAUGAUUAUCAAAAAGAAAUUGAUAGUGAUGAUUCCUAUAGUGACAUUCCAGAAACUAGUAACGAUGACAAUACAGAAGAUAAUCAGAAUAAUGUAGAUAAUUGUCAAGAAAAUGAAUAUGUGGGACCAGUUCUUCCUGGAGGCCAUAGGUUUGACAGAAAGUUUAUCUGUGUUAAAUAUCCUGGAAACGUUAUUAAUCCAGAUAAAGCUAUAGAAACACUAGGUGGCAUUCAAAGCAUUUCUACGGCAGUAAAUACACCAAAUCGACGGUUGGAGUUAAGAUUUAGACCAGAUGAUAUUUUUUGUAAACCAACUUGUGGCGAUAGACAUAAUACUAAUGGUUUCCUGCUUAGAAUUAGAAUUAAAAAAUCUAGAAUAAAGAAAGCAGAAGAAGCUGAAGCAAAACAGCAAAGGAAAUCAUCAAAAAGUACUAUGAAUGUAAAUGAUCCUUCGAUUGGUAACAAUGAAAAUACUGAAAAUAGCGUGGAUAAAAUGAAUUUACCACAGACUAGAGACAGUAAAGGUCAACAAGAACAACUUAUGACUGAAUUAAUCGAUCAAGUACAAAGUUGCAGCUUUAGUACUCUCAAUGAUCCUGUUCCUGGUCCUUCUGAUAGAGUGUAUUCUGAAAAUAACGAGGAUUUACUGGACCAAUCACUAGAUACAAAUGAAGUAAAUUUAUCGAAGAACAAAAAGGAUAUACCACCAACGUUUGAUCGAAAUAAAUAUGAAGAUCUUUCUGAAGAUAACGAUUAUACAUUGCCAAAAUUACAAAUUUUAGGUCGAGUUGACACAGAAUUUAGAUUUACAAGUCUUUGUGACUUUCAGUAUUUACCUAUGACACAAAGUAAGGAAAAUCCGAAAAAGUUAGAAUGUAUAUACCACAAGGUUUAUCCCAGUAAUAUACCACAUUAUUCUUGGUUAAAGAACGACGUCCCUUACUUCUUGCCACCAGCUGCGUUUAGCAGAAUGGAUACAGUACAGCAAUAUGUACCAAAGACAGAAGUUAAUUCAUAUCCGGAAAAUAUAAUAGGAAAGUGUCGAAAGAGAAAGAUAGGAUUUUCGAAUUUCAUUUAUUUUUCAACAUCAGAAGUUCCUUCUAAACCGCCAACAGGCAUAGAAACCGCUAUGAAAGUUAAAUUCAUUCAAAGUAUACACUUUGAACAAAUUCGUCAAAUUUUUGAGGAACGACCAAUUUGGUCGAAGAACGCAAUAAUAUAUAAAACUAAAUUUUCUAAUGAACGAUUGAAAAUUUUACUACCAGCAGUCGCAUAUUAUUUUGUAACUGGUCCAUGGAAAAUUAUGUGGGUGAAAUUGGGGUAUGAUCCAAGGAAAGAUAUUUCUGCAAGAAAAUACCAAACUUUAGAUUACAGAUUAAAAUCUAUGCAUGGUUUGGGCUCUACUGUAAAACGUAAAAGAAAUUACUCAGAGUAUACAUUACCUUAUAAAUCAACACCAGCUGCAAAACAGAAAACAAUUGUACAAGAAAGUGUGAUUUCUAGUCAAGAGCAAAGUCCUAAAAAGGAACAGGAUUUAAGUGAAGACGUGUAUAUCUAUCGAGAAGGAAUAGUACCUCCUUCGAAGCAAAUGUUUUAUCAGUAUUGCGAUGUUCUUGUAGAUGAAAUACAAGAAAUGUUAGCAAAGUUACCAGAUCCUUUACCUGGAAUUAGGUGCCAUGAAAAAAGAGGCUGGUUACCAGUAGGUUUUGAUGCACAGUGUAGAGAAAUUAUUAACAGACAAGUUCGAGCCGUUUUAAGAAAACAAAUGAAUAUACCUGAAGAUCAUCCUACAUCUUUACCUCGAAAACGUAAAUCUGGAAUUAAAUUAAAGCUUAAUAAACUUAGAGCUAAACAGAGAAAGAAAAAAAAGGAUUCUGUUUCUAGCAUAGAAGAAAGUGAAGGAAAAUAUGAUCAAUUUGAAACCAAUGUUAUUGGAAUAGAAAAUGAGUAAAUUAUGUUACAUAAUUAUAUAUAUAUAAGAUUUGGUAAAUAAAUAGCAUUUUAUAAAUA